CGCUUUUGGCUCUCAUUCACCAGCUUUUCCUCAUUUCCAAGCCAGGUGCUUUGCAAGGCGAGACACCUCCAAGAAAAAUACAAACAGUUUAAGCCUAAUCGCCAUCGGAACUCGCAUCACCUUGGUGGAUCUUGCAUAUGUACGGCUACCAUACAUUGCCACUGAAGUACAGAACCCAUUUUUUUUUCAAGAAGAAAAUAUUUAUUCUCGUGUUGAUUACUGGAGAAUCGGCCCCUGGAUUUUUUAUUCUUCUUCGUUUUUUAGCCUUUUUUCCACUCAUCUGAGAACUGGUAUGAUCAGUUACGAUCUACGGGACAGGUGAACUGAUUUCCUGCUUGGUGAACUAACUUCUGUUGUUCUUAUAAAAGGGGAUAAAAAAAGGACGGUAUUUAAAAUGUCAAAGCCUGUAGAUCACAUUAAAAGACCCAUGAAUGCCUUCAUGGUUUGGUCCCGGGGCCAAAGGAGGAAAAUGGCACAGGAAAACCCCAAAAUGCACAAUUCGGAAAUCAGCAAAAGACUCGGAGCCGAAUGGAAACUGCUUUCGGAAUCUGAAAAGCGACCUUACAUCGACGAGGCGAAGAGACUGAGAGCGCAGCACAUGAAAGAACACCCAGAUUACAAGUACAGACCUAGACGCAAACCCAAGAAUUUGCUGAAGAAAGACAGGUAUGUCUUUCCCUUACCCUACCUCGGGGACACGGAUCAUUUGAAAGGACUCCCGGUCUCGGCCACAGACUCCCUUUUGGGUUCAUCAGAAAAAGCCAGGGCGUUCCUCCCACCGACUUCAGCGCCUUACUCCUUUCUCGACCCCAGCCAGUUCAGCUCCAGUGCCAUUCAGAAGAUGGCAGAGGUGCCCCACACUUUGACCACCAGCACUUUGCCCUACGCCUCCUCCUUAGGAUACCAGAACGGCGCUUUCGGCAGUUUGAGCUGCCCCAGUCAGCACACUCACACCCACCCGUCACCCACAAACCCGGGUUACGUGGUUCCCUGUAACUGUACCGCCUGGUCAGCGUCUAGUUUACAGCCCCCAGUUGCCUACAUACUUUUCCCAGGUAUGACCAAGACUGGAAUAGACCCCUACUCUUCAGCCCACGCCGCUGCUAUGUAACAUUAAGCCAGAUUUAUUUCUGAAACUUGAAUACUACAAUGCAUGUAAAUAAAAGACUGUGAGAAAAAAAAAAACUUAAAGAAAUGAAUGACCAAUCACUAACUGAAGCCGUGGACUUCUGUUUUAAAGAAAACGAACAAAAAACUUUUUAUGAUUAUUAACAGGACGCUUCUACAAAGACCUCAGCACGGAACUUGGAAUAGCUAUAAGGCAGGCGCCCCGAGAACUGUAAGAAUUGUAAAUGUUAAAACGUUUAUUGCUGGCUACCGAAAUAAAAAGGCGGCCUUUAAGUUUA